CGCCAGGGGGCCGGGGCGGCGGGGCGGGCGGGCGGCUGGGCAGGAUGCUGAGCCGCCUGCAGGAGCUGCGCAAGGAGGAGGAGACGCUGCUGCGGGUGAAGGCGGCGCUGCACGACCAGCUCACCCGCCUCAAGGUGGAAGAGCUGGCGCUGCAGUCGAUGAUAAGAUCCAGGGAGGAGGACGCGGCCGUCCCGGCGGCAGCCGCUGCGGAGAGCCAGGAGACUCUUGGGCAGAUGGACAACGAGGCUGCUAUCAAUCAAACUGAAUUACAGCUAAGUCUUCAAGAUCAUGAAGAGGAAGAAGAAGAGGAGGAGGAAUCAGAUUCUUGAGAGAAAAAAAUCAAGGAUGGUUUAUAAUACAGACUCAGGAAUUUCUUCUUCAUUCAUAUAAAAUUUGCCUACAGAUUUUCAUGUUCUCCUAUGUAUGGAUAUGAUCCGUAUGAUACGCAAGACUUGGGGAGUCUGGGGAAGUUGCCCUUGAAGACAUGAAUAUCAGAAGCUUGGCAAAUUUUGAAUUAGAUGUUAAAAGAAUGAAAACUUGCUGCACAGAUAUGUAGCAUAAUCCAUUUUGUGUUUAAAACCUAAUGUGUAGCUUAUUACAUCUUUACACAUGGAUGGGAAAAGUCAUUAAUCAAGUCAGACUAAUUUAACAUAGUAAAAGCAAUAAUUUGUCUGUUCUAAUUUCCAGUUGCUGAAAUAUAAAACCAGGCCACGGAGGCUGGUUGCUAAACCAAUGAUUAUAUUAUAACCUCAUCUGCUUUAACUGGGAAUUUUAAGAUAUGCAGUGAGCACAGAUGUGUCCAGGAUUGUCUCCAGGCAUUCAGCUGCUAUGUUCUCAGUUACACAGACCACCAGACGUACACUUCCUAGAAAUGUGACUGAUAGAUGUAGGUGUUCUUACACUGGGAGAAGCAGAUAUUGCACUGUUGACCUCAUUUUAAGUGCAGUAGCAAGGGAGCCUCUCUUUGUCCCUACUGGUGCUGUUCUUAAGUACUGUCAGUCUGACUGAAACAGUGAAGUAUUUUCUACUUGCUCUUUCAGCGUAGCAGCUAAUUGUCCUUCUACUGUUCCACAAACUGUAUGGUAAUAAUUAGUCCACAUUACUUGUAAUAAAAAACUAAUAUUUUAAAAUUAGUUUUAUUUUCUUUUUCCCCCACAGUAAUUUCAUAGAUCAGCUUAAGUCCACUUUCUGCUUUCAAGUUAUCUUCGAAGAGUAGGAGUUUAAUAACUUACUUAUAAAAUGGAAAGGGAUAUGAAGUCUCCUCCGCAAUUUCUUUAACGGUACAGUAACAAGCUAGUGCUGCUCCUACCAGUAACAGUAUGUUCUUUCUCCUUGUGGAAUGCAGACACCAUGUGGUACAGUUAUUUUAUCAAUUCCUGAAGACUUAUUUUGAUGCACACAAAUUCAAACUCUGUUAAAGUGAUUAAAAACAAAUAAAAGUAAUAUUCUAAUUCA